CCCCGAUGGGGGCAGCGAGAACGGAGCAGCAGCUGCAGCUGGACGGCGUUGCUGAGUCCGGGGUCGCCGUCGUCGCCGACCCUGUCCGACAGUGACAAUGAGACAGUGACGCUGACGUGUCCCUCGUGCAAGGUGAGCGUGGACGUGAGUGGACGGGCCAGGUUCCGGCAGAUCUGUCCCUACUGCGGCAACUUCUAUAACGCGGCGGCUCAGACGGACCCGUCGCUGAGGACGCGUCGGGGCGCCGGUCACCAAAUCGGCUUUCCUGCCAUCGACAACCAAAGGUUUUCCAGUGUUGUGGUUCAGCGAUUUGGAAGAGUGAAUGGAUCUCCAGGUCUCACUCACAUCACUGAAGUUUAUAUCACUGACGGGCGAAGACAUUCAGAUGCGUCGCAAUCAUCAGAUUCAUUGCCUCCUCUGGUUGCCAGGUUUGAAUUUUACAAACAAUGUUGGGAAAGAGUCCAUUCCUUGAGACAUUCGCCGCGGUCCGCAGUGCGCCACAUGAUGCGCUCUGCGAACCGGCUGCUGGAUUCCAUCCGACAGCUAGUGGUACCAUCUCGCCGUAGUGGUGGCGGCGGUGGUCGUGUGUGCGCUAUAGGCGGCGGCAGUGGCGGCCCAGCAGGCGCCGGUUCGCGUUACGCCACUGCUGAUGGCGAUGGACAACCGGACCCGAGACAGGCCCGGGUUCCACGUUCGCGGACUCUCACGUGUCCAGUGAGCGACGAAUUGCAGUUGCGACCCAGGCGGUGUUCUUUUCCGGAAGUGUUCCUUACUAUUCCGGAAAACAGCUUGCCUGCGAGUAGAACGGGUUCUGCGGCUUCCCAGGGCAGCAGUAGUUGCAAACGUGGAAGCUUGGGUAGCCCAAACAAUGGCUUCAGUGCUGGAACUGCCUUAUCCUUGUCUUCAAACAACCUGUCUCUUGCUGGAGCCCUGGAUGGUCAGUCCAUCAAGUCUGUGAGAAGUGUGGACAUCGGUCUGAACAGGGCCCUCGGUGAUGACCUAUUGGAUGUGGGACCCAAUUACCCAGACAUUGAACUAACUGUUGCGGAUGUACAAGAUAUCGUCAAACAAACCAAAGAAAGUGGGAAACCCGACGAAAUGCUGCAACUUUAUGCGGAUAUUUUUGGCACGCUUGAAUCAAUUUGUGCCACGUUCAAGUUGAAUCCGGAACAGGAUGGUGCAAGAGCAGAGGACCCUGGGUUGAAAUUUGACCUAAUUUAUGCAGCAAUGGACGGUCUUUUAGGAGCAAGAUCUGUUGUACACAAGAAUCUACUGAAGAGCAUCAUCAACACAAUGAUGCAAGAAAACAGGAAAAUGCACGAAAAAGAUGAAUUGCGAGCAUUGUUCAUCUUGCUGAUGACGCCAAUUUUUGCGUCUCAAUCUUCAUACACCGUCUUCGCUCAUCUUUUGCGGCAAAUUACAUCUUUACCCAACGGAGAUCACCAGCUAUUAGUCGGCUGGUUCAAGCUAGUCAAAAGGUCAAUGUUCGAGUCCAUGGUGCAACAUUUGCUGCAAUUCAUCACGGUUCGCCAAUUUCCUCCGGCUGACAUUUCAUUGCCUCCUCUGGGCAAAUCUCGGUGGUGGAUCCCGACUGCUACAAAAGUUUUAGCAUUACUUAAUGUGGCCAACAACAAGUCAGUUCCACCGAUCGUGAAAUACACGUACUUUUACAACAGCACUUUGGACCACUUGGACCUGAUGCAGGAAUAUUACAAUUGGCAAGCCCCUGAUCGACCCGACAGAUUCUCCUUUUGCCAAUACCCCUUCAUCUUGAGCAUCGUUGCUAAACGGUAUAUCCUUACAAAGGACUCGGAGCAACAAAUGAUUCAAACAGCCAGACGUUCUUUGGUGGCGAAGGUGUCGAGACACCAGGUCCCGGAUAUCGACAUUUUCUUCCUGAAUAUUCACGUCAGGCGGAACCACUUGGUCGCAGAUUCCUUGAAAGAGAUCGGGAGGAAACAGAGGGACCUGAAGAAAAAGCUCAAAGUUUCAUUUGAAGGAGAGCCCGGUUUGGACAUGGGUGGGCUGACUAAAGAAUGGUUUCUUCUACUGGUCAGGCAUAUUUGUUCUGAGGUGAGA